AUGGCUGCUUCAGUAAGUUCACCAAAAUUAGUCACUUGUGAAUUUACUGUCUCGUGUGCGCUUCUGGAAUAGUCUUCGGUUGAGCAUCAUUCAGUAAAUAAUAAAACGCGAAAAUGUUUCCAGGCCGUGCUCCUUUGAUUGUCCUCAGUCAGAAUACGAAGCGUGAGUCGGGCCGAAAGGUUCAGCUGGAAAACAUUAAUGCCGGAAAGCAAAUUGCUGAUGUUAUCCGAACAUGUUUGGGACCACAAGCUAUGCUGAAGAUGUUGAUGGACCCUAUGGGUGGUAUUGUCAUGACAAAUGAUGGCAAUGCUAUUCUCAGAGAAAUCACUGUACAGCAUCCUGCUGCAAAAAGCAUGAUUGAAAUUGCCCGCACUCAGGAUGAAGAGGUUGGAGAUGGAACUACUUCAGUCAUUGUCUUGGCUGGGGAGAUGCUGGCAGCUGCAGAACAGUUCUUGGAGCAACAAAUGCAUCCGACCGUCGUCAUUCGUCAGUACAAGCAAGCUCUUGAGGAUAUGGUAACACUCUUGGAAGGACCUCUCAGUGUGCCAAUCAACAAAGAUGACAAGAACGCCUUUGCCAAUGUCGUCAAGGGCUGCAUCGGCACAAAAUUCAUCGGAAAGUGGGCCGAUUUGGCAGUGAAGAUUGCGCUGGAAGCAGUCAACACGGUCAUGCUCACUGAGAACGGCCGCACCGAGGUUGACAUCAAGCGCUACGCGAAAGUCGAGAAGAUUCCCGGCGGUUCCAUUGAAGAAUCUCAAAUUCUGCGCGGUGUGAUGGUCAACAAGGACGUUACUCAUGCCAAGAUGCGCCGUCGCAUUGAAAACCCCCGUAUUAUUUUACUCGAUUGCUCUUUGGAAUACAAGAAAGGCGAAUCGCAGACUAACGUAGAGAUUAGUGGCGAAGCCGAUUUUACACGCAUGCUUCAACUCGAAGAAGAACAUGUCCAGAAGCAGUGUGAAGAGAUCAUCGCUCUCAAACCGGACUUAGUAUUCACCGAGAAGGGAAUUAGUGAUUUGGCUCAACACUUUUUGUUGAAAGCCGGUAUCACUGCCAUCAGACGCGUGAGGAAAUCUGAUAACAAUCGAAUUGCUCGUGCAUGCGGCGCAACCGUGGUCAACCGCACUGAAGAACUGCAAGAGUCUGAUGUAGGUUUGGGCUGUGGUUUGUUCGAAGUUAAGAAGCUUGGCGAUGAGUACUUCACAUACAUCACCGAAUGCAAGAAUCCCAAAGCCUGCACGAUUCUAUUGCGCGGUGCAAGCAAGGACAUUCUUAACGAAAUCGAGCGUAACUUGCAGGACGCCCUACAAGUCGCGAGGAAUAUCAUUCUAUCACCGAGGCUGGUACCCGGUGGUGGAGCGAUUGAAAUGGCGUUGUCCCAACAUCUUGUCGCAAAAGCCACACAUGGUCCCUACAGGGCUGUUGCUCAUGCCUUGGAGAUUAUUCCACGUACUCUUGCGCAAAACUGCGGUGCAAAUACAAUCAGAACCCUUACAGCAUUGAGAGCCAAGCACGCCGCGCAUACGGAUGCGACCAAGCCAUGCACUUGGGGCAUCGAUGGCGAAUCCGGAGAGCUAUUAGAACAAAACGAAACAGUCGGCGUUUGGGAACCGCUGGCGGUUAAACUGCAAACUUAUAAAACUGCCGUGGAGACUGCAGUGCUCCUUUUGCGUAUUGAUGAUAUCGUCUCCGGAUCAAAGAAGAAGGGAGGCAAUGAGCCACCGAAACCAUCCGAGAUGGCAGCAAUGCAGGAGUAAUUGUGAAAGAAGAAACGAAUAAAGAACAUAUGCAUUUUUACUACGAGAUCACACUUACGCAUUCACACUCAUUCAUAUUAAAAAAAAAAAAGAUUAUACUAAUGUUACUUUCUUCAUCGCUUACUACUUGUAAUCUAUCAUUAGGUUUUCAUAAUAAAGUUGUAACAAUCUA